UCCCUCUGUGAGGAAGCAGAGCAUGUCGGGACGCAUUGCGGGCUUCCUGACCAAGACCUUUGCUAUGGUGCAGGAGAAGGAGUGGGACCAUAUCAUCCAUUGGUGCAAGGACGGCAUGGCGUUCUUGGUGGAGGAUACGGAUGCGUUGCAGGAGGAAGUGCUGGGAAAGUACUUUAAGCACAACAACUUUUCCUCGUUUAUCAGACAGCUCAACAUGUAUGGCUUCCGCAAACUGGGCGAUCCUAAUCAUUGGGAGUUUGCCCAUGAGUUCUUUCGGGAGAACGACGAGGAGUCGCUCGCUCGCAUCGAGCGCAAGUCGGUGAAGAAGACCCAGGCCGAGCUGGCUGCCAAAGGCAUCAGCACCAAUCCGGUGCUGCAAAAGACGUCGCGGAACUCGACGCGGUCGCGGUCAGCAUCGACAUCGGCGUCCAGAACGGGUUCAGCGCCGGCGUCGGUGGCCAAGACGGCGGUGGCGGCGCGGUCGGUGGCCAGGACCGGGCGUGGGAAGGGCGGCAAGGGUGGCAAGGGAGGCAACAGCGGAGUGGCAAGCUCCUUGGCCUCGCCGUCGCCAGGCUCGUCGCCAGGUGGGGCGUCGGCCAACUACUCUCCGUUCUCGGGCUCGCCGGGAACCGACCAGGUCCUCAUCGACCCAACCCAGCCGCUGCCGGAGCGGGUGCAUCGGAUCGAGCAGUCACACAUCCGAAUCCACAGUAACCAGCGGUCGAUGUCGCAAACGCUGCACAUGCUUCACAACCAAGUCACGUUCCUGACAAGCAUUAUACAACGGCACAUGCCGUUUGACGGAACUCAGCAGGGCAUUGUGUCUUCGGCACCUUCCCAGCCAGCCCUGGGGCAUCCGGUCGGCUCGACUCGCCCGCUGGAGGGUGGCUCGAAGCUGCCAGCAGCCAAGCGGCGCAAGAACCUCUCGGUCAACGUUCCCGCUAUCGCCGUCGCGCCGCCCAUGCCUUUUGCCGGCAAGCUCCCGUCGACCGGCCUCACGCCCAAGGAUCCAAACAUGGCGUUCUCGCCGUCGAUGCAAACGCUCGCCGAGGCAGCCACUUCGUCGGCAUCCAACCCGCUCGACGGGGUGGCUGACACGCCGCUCGGCGGCGUCCAGGCCGAAGUCUUCAAGUUUAACGACCCUGCCCCGGGCAGUAAGGCGUACUCGGGCAUGCUCGAGACGCCGCGCUGACGUUGGCUGAUGCUGAUGCUGAUGCUGAU